AUGGCCCCUUGGUUCCAGUGGGUCCUGAAGGGUCAUAAUGGUCUCCUUGGUUCCACGAGGCCCCGCAAUUCUCUCUCUUCCCUUCCAGGCUGGGCCAUGUCCCCGACCCACCCUCAGCCCCAAGCGGGGCUGCCCCGUCCCUGCCCCCGGGCAUCUCACCGUGGUCUCGCCUUUGCCCAGCUCUGGCCGUCAUGGCUGGGGCGCUGCUUGGCGGGCAUCAGUGCCUGGGGAUGGGGUGGCAUCGCCGCCCUUUGGCUGCGCCUGUGCCGAACCCAGCCCCUGCCCUGGACCCGGCCCCGGCCCCGACCCUGGCCCCAGUCCCGGCCCCGGCUCUGGCCCCUACCCCCGCUCCUCCCAGGGCCCGCAGGGGACACAGGCACUGCGGUCACUCCCGCCGCCUCUGCUGCGGCUUCCCCGGCCCGAGCUCCUCCGCUCGGCAGCGCGGCUGCCGGCCCUGAGCCGCCGCUGUCCCAUUGCCAGGAGCGAACCCCUGGGGAUGCCCAGCCCAGGCCGCUCGAGGCACCCUCAGGGGCCGUUCCUGGCCCCGGGCCGAGCGCUGACAGCCGCGUCUCGCCGGCAGGGAAGGCGCAGCAGCCCCUCCAGGAGCAGAACCGCCUGGGGUCACUGCUGGGCCGCGGCGGCUUCGGCAGUGUCUGGGCGGCCACACGGAUCUCAGACCGUGCCCCGGUGGCCAUCAAAAGGGUGCCACGGAACCGCAUCCAGCACUGGGGCAAACUGCCCAACGGCACCAGCGCACCCCUGGAGAUCGUGCUGCUGCACAAGGUCUCCACUGGUUUCCCUGGUGUCGUCCAGCUGCUGGAGUGGAUGGAGCUCCCCAAUGACAUCAUUAUCAUCAUGGAGCGCCCGGAGCGGUGUCAGGACCUCCAGCACUUCAUUUGGGCACGGGGGUUCCUGUGUGAGGAGGUGGCGCGGGAGCUGUUCCACCAGGUGCUGGAGGCCGUGCGGCACUGCACCAGCUGCGGGGUCCUGCACCGCGACAUCAAACCAGAGAACAUCCUGGUUGACCUGGCCACCGGGCAGGCCAAACUGAUUGAUUUUGGCUGUGGCACCUACCUGCAGGACACAGCCUACACACGCUUUGCAGGAACACCAUCAUACAGCCCCCCGGAAUGGAACAACUAUGGCUGGUACUAUGGACAGCCAGCUACCGUCUGGUCCCUGGGCAUCCUGCUGCACCAGAUGGUCUGCGGGGAGCACCCUUUCUGGAGGGGCCACAGGAUCAGCUGGGACCAUCAGCUCUCGCUGCCACCACGGCUCUCUCAAGAGUGCCAAGAUGUCAUCAGGCGGUGUUUAUCCAUUCAUGAUGUGGACAGGCCUUCAGUAGAAGACCUGUUCUGUCAUCCUUGGAUGCAGGAUAUUCAUCUGCCAUAGACGAAGGGAGAGAGCCACAGGCACACUGAUGCAGGGCUCUGGGAAGGAGAAGGAGCCCCUGGAGAAGCUGUACCAGGUGGGGCUGCUGCUACUGGAGACAGCCAGGACGACAUCAAGGAUGACAACCUCUUCCUUGACCAGGCCACCACAAAGCUGAAGCUGAUGGACUUCAAUUCUGGCACCUUCUUCAAAGCCAGGCUCCACAGCGAAUUUGCAGAUGAGUGCACUUGCAGGGGGAUGCUCCCAGAUUUGGAAUGGCACAGCCUGGCUAGGAAACAAAGGUUUCUCUUUGCUGGGGUGGAUGCAUAUGAUUCUCCAGUGGGCUGCCAAGCUGCUUUUUGUCAGGGCUGGGGCCAUGGGCUGGGGUGGGUAUGAAAUGGGAGUGGGGUCCUGGCCCUGCCAACAGCCCCCAGUAUCCACUGUGCCUUUUCCCUCAUUUCCCAUUUUUGUCUGUAUUAUGUUUUUGUUAAUUUGCUGUUUGUUUUUCUAAAGGAAGUGUUCUAGGUGGUGUCCAGUCUGGAUCAGGAAGUGCUUGGGACCAGCCGUGCCGUGGAUGGGCCGUGCCCUUGGAGAAGGCUGAGGACAUCGUUUGGGAGCAGCUUUUCUUCCAGCGGCGGAUGGCGUCAGCUGGGCUCUGCGGGUGCUGAGGCUGCUCUGGGCUCUGCCAGGGCUCUGCUGGAGCUCAGCACCAGGCCAGAAUCAGCCAAAGAAGAAAUGGUGUGACCUGCAGUAGAGACUUGCUUGAGCAUUUUGGCAAUGCAGCUCAAGUUUGCAGAGUGUACAUCUCUGAGGGAAAACAU